UACUUUAGCCUUUGCUCUGAAAUCCCAUGCACACUUUGUGAGGAAGGACAGCCUUGGUUGGGGGGUGUUUAUGGGGAGAGCAAAGUGGAUGGUGCCUAUGUGAAUACCUCUCCCCAGAUGCUCCCCCAAUCCCAAGCUCUCAUUAUCCUAUAUGCAUAUUCAUAAGGGAUGGCCUCAGCCCUGCUCUGUAAAUGGGUCAGAAGCAGGAAAUAGAGGCCAGUACAGACAGUGAAGCCCAAGGGAUAGGAGGCCUCAAAGCCAGCACACAUCUGAGUCCUCAUGGAUGGGAGGAUGAUGAGAAGCAUGAGGCUGAGAGAGGAGGAGUCACCGGGACCCAGCCACACAGCGUCCUGCCUCUGCGGUUCUGCCCCCUGCAUCCUGUGCAGCUGCUGCCCUGCCAGUCGCAACUCCACCGUGAGCCGCCUCAUCUUCACGUUCUUCCUCUUCCUGGGGGUGCUGGUGUCCAUCAUUAUGCUGAGCCCAGGCGUGGAGAGUCAGCUCUACAAGCUGCCCUGGGUGUGUGAGGAGGGAGCUGGGAUCCCCACCGUCCUACAGGGCCACAUCGACUGUGGCUCCCUGCUUGGCUACCGCGCUGUCUACCGCAUGUGCUUCGCCACAGCGGCCUUCUUCUUCUUUUUCACCCUGCUCAUGCUCUGCGUGAGCAGCAGCCGGGACCCCCGGGCUGCCAUCCAGAAUGGGUUUUGGUUCUUUAAGUUCCUGAUCCUGGUGGGCCUCACCGUGGGUGCCUUCUACAUCCCUGAUGGCUCCUUCUCCAACAUCUGGUUCUACUUUGGCGUCGUGGGCUCCUUCUUCUUCAUCCUCAUCCAGCUGGUGCUGCUCAUCGACUUUGCACACUCCUGGAACCAGCGGUGGCUGGGCAAGGCCGAGGAGUGCGACUCCCGCGCCUGGUACGCAGGCCUCCUCUUCUUCACUCUCCUCUUCUACUUGCUGUCGAUCGCGGCCGUGGCGCUGAUGUUCAUCUACUACACUGAGCCCAGCGGCUGCCACGAGGGCAAGGUCUUCAUCAGUCUCAACCUCACCUUCUGUGUCUGCGUGUCCAUUGCUGCUGUCCUGCCCAAGGUCCAGGACGCCCAGCCCAACUCGGGUCUGCUGCAGGCCUCAGUCAUCACCCUCUAUACCAUGUUUGUCACCUGGUCAGCCCUAUCCAGUGUCCCUGAACAGAAAUGCAACCCCCACUUGCCAACCCAGCUGGGCAAUGAGACGGUCAUGGCAGGCCCCGAGGGCUAUGAGACCCAGUGGUGGGAUGCCCCGAGCAUUGUGGGCCUCAUCAUCUUCCUCCUGUGCACCCUCUUCAUCAGGUAUGGCCAGGUCUGA